AUGUAUCAGCGGCUGGACACCCGCAUGUACGACUUCCCUUACCUACAACGUCCCCACUGGCAAAUACGUCCAAACUUGGUGUUGUCCCCCAGGGGGGUGGAAUUGUCUAACAGCUUCCAUCGGCCCACCAUGGCGGGAUUGUACGAGUCUUCUUCAGACGCCAACAGAGGUCUGGAUCAGGGCUUCUGA